AAAAAACCCCACAAAAAACCCGGUAAUAUUUUCUAGAACGAAAAAGAAGCCAGCAUCUGCAUUUAAGCAGGAUAUUUAUAGAGUUCAUUGUAAAUUGAAAAACAUUUUGAAAGUUAAUACACAUGCAGCUGAGUUCUUUUCCUUAAGAUGGACGAAACCAUUUUGUUUUUUCUGUGCAUCUAUUGGUGGUCAAUUUAUGGCAUUCAAUCUGAUACAGAGAUUAUGUUGGAUAAACAAGAGGUUAGUCUGUUUGAUACAGUUAGGGUCUCUAUGACAAUCCGUAAAGACAUAACAUUCAAUUACAGUGCAGAAAUAGGUGACUUAAGCUGUAGACCUGACUUCAAAACACACAUAAACCCUCAAAACAAGAACGAGUAUCUCUAUUCCAUGUAUAUGUAUAAAACCACAAAAGUAGGACAAUUCAGUGUCAGUGUAAACAUUUAUGGAACUGAGAGUGUUACAACUGAUACAUUUAGAGUUACUUCACCUGAACCAUUGAUAAAUCACUGCUUAGAGGAAAUUCAAAUCAAGGGUGCUUCAUAUAAGAGUUUCGAUGAGCGUGUAUACAACACAGUGGAUGAUAUUCGGUUCACACUGUCUAAUGAAAGAGGCUGUGGCAGUGACUUUGAAAUAAACAAAUAUAAAUGGACUUUCAGCCGCUUCGAAUCAGAGACUUACAACUUCUGUAUUAGUGACGACAGUUUUAAAGUGUCAUUUUCUUCAUCCACUGACAAUGGAGUUCUAGUUGUGAAAAAACUAACACUUUUAGAUGGAUAUUUCAAAGUCUGCCUGCAAGUUGAUGGCAACUAUGAGAACAAAAUCUACUCUGAAAUAAAUGUUACCUGUGGAUAUUUCAGAAUGAAACCAGUUGCAUUGGGGUCAGUCACCAAGCCAUCAGACCUGCAUCAGAGUGUUGUAUACAAUCGUCGAUUCCUACUUGGUGCUUCAGACAGCAAGGAUCCAAACACUGGUGAUAAUUCAAAUGUCAGAAAUAAACAAGAUGCAAUCAAGGCAAUUAUUAAGCCACCCGGAAACCAGACUGUUGUAUAUAAUCGUCCGAUACUACUUGAUGCUUCAGACAGCAUCGAUCCAAACACUGGUGAUAAUUCUGGCCUCAGUUAUGAUUGGUCUUGUACGCCAGUAGGGUCACAUAGAAGCUGUAAAUUUCUUCCAAGGUACAAUCCACAGCAACAAGGACCAAUCCUGGAAAUACCAGAGAACACAUUGCCUGUACAGAAGACAUUCAACUUCACAGUUAGUGUGAGCAAACCAGGAUUACCUAGUGGGACAGCAUCACUGAUCAUCUUCGUCACCAGUGGAACCAGGCCUAAUGCCAAAAUAACGUGUAGUUUGGGCUGUGACAAUAAUAAAACCAUUCCAUCUAAACCUCUGGCACUGGAAGUACAUUGUGAAAAUUGUGGGCCAUUUGGAAUAACCAUAUCAGCGUAUGUCUGGAAACUGUUCAAAAUGACGAAAACCGUAAACUGGAAGAUAGUGCCAUUGUCAGACUGGGUUUCCAAGUCGCUAACUGGAUACAACAAAAGAGUAAUGUCCUUGCCACCAGGGACACUCAAUGUGUCUUCCAAAUAUGAGUUUAAUGUUCAAAUUUUCUAUAACAAGAAUGCAUCAAAGGUAAUGCAUGGAUAUCGGUUUAGUACUGACAAGUCACCUGAAGGCGGAUCAUGUUCUGUAAAUCCGACGUCUGGCCAGGCUCUCAUUACCAAAUUCACCGUGUUCUGUCCUGGGUACAUGGAUAAUGACUCACCUUUGACAUACAGUGUCUACCUGAAGAAGAAAGGCAAAUCAGAUACUCUCUUGUAUCAAGGAAAUGAAGAAACAACUAGUUUAAUACUUCCUGCGGGGCCACAGUCCAACUCUUGGCUCCAGCAGUUAACAGUUUACAUUUCAGACUCUUUUGAUUCCAGCACAAUAUAUCUGUUAACGGUACAGGUUGAGAACAAUCAAGAUGAUGAAAAGACAUUUCUUAAAUCAUUGAAUGAUCUUGCUACUGAAGCUGUUGAAGAGAAACCAUCAGAUUUUCUUCUGAAAUCAUUGGUUAUUGUUGAUAUGCUUGAGACAGUAAAAACAGAAAACCAUAAUACAACUGCAGAAAAAGAACAGAAAACAAAAAUUCGUGAGCAGUUGCUGAGCAAUCUUAAGACUGUUAAAGAUGCAGAUAAAGGAAUGCUUCUUCAGAUGAGUGACCUUUUAUACAAGUUAAUUGCACAGGAAGACAACAUAACGCCUACAAUGGAGACUGAUGCUUUGACUGUGACCACCAGCCUGGCAUGUGUUUUAAAGGAGAUAUCAAAAAGUCAUCCUAAUGAUGCCAGAAAUAUCGCCAAGACACAAUGCAAUGCACUGGUAACUCUGAUGGACAAGCAAGUGAAAGAAGACACAGAAUACAAACAGAUAGCGGCUAAAACCAAGCCUGUAUUGGAUGUUCUAGAGACCAUUAGUGACUGUUUGUUGGAAUCCGUCCAGUCAGAAAUAGAAGGACCAGUGAACAUCCAAUCAGAUCAGAUGUCGCUGACGGUUCAACAGAUCGAGCCGACUGUUGAUGCAUUUAACAUUAUAGCUAAUCCUCAGGACCAUGAUAAGCAAGGUGGCUCCAUUUUGUUCCCCAAUGACAUGAAGAGUGGAACAGACAAACCUUUCGACUUGCAGAUGAUGAUUAUGAAGAAGAAUCCAUUUCAGUGGUCACCAACGGCAGAUGUAGUGAAUUUACCAGUGAUGAAGAUCUCAGUAAAAAAUGAUGGAAAAAGCCUUAAUCCAUCGGAUCUGUCUGUGCCGGCAGAUAUCUUCAUAUCAGUAAACUUAUCUAAUGUGAUGGAAGAAGACAAAAUAUUCACCUUGAAUGUCACAUAUGACACUAUCAAUCAUAAAGUGAAAAAUUCCAGUACUGUACGUGUAAUUAUUCCAGUAAUUAAAGGGAAAACACAGGUUGUGAAAAUGUUUGCUGUAGAUUCACCAUUGAAACUAGAGGUGGUUUUGGGAGCUAGUGAAUCUGAAGUAAGCUUCAGGAAUCUCGAAUUGCAUGGGUUUGACUGGCCAGUGGAAGAUGAAGCUGGCUUGACAUACAAGAACCAUAAGCAAGAUCCACAUCUAUUAUUCUUGCCAGAAGAUAUUCUUGGAACGAACGACACUAAUUUCUAUCUUGUUAUUAGAGUUAAGGUGAGUUUUUGUUUAUGGUUAUAUGGCAUUUGA